CGACCAUCUCCGCGGCCUGGGCCCGCCCCCUCCGCCUGGCGCCAGGCCGCGGAGCACCGAUCGGCUCGAUGAGCGGGGGCGCUGCUGCGGCGGAGCGGCAGACGCCGGGUCCGCGCCCACUCUCCCCCUCCCCGCUUUCUUCCUGCGCUUCCCACUCCUUCCCCCGCCCUCCCAGCGUUGCCCGCCCCGGAGAGCGGCCCGGAGCUCCCCCGGAGACUCAGGUGGUGAAUACUUACUCUGCUGGAAAAGAGAAGAGUACUUCUUGAGUAAAAAGUAUGCCUCCCAAGUUUAAGCGCCACCUAAAUGAUGAUGAUGUCACUGGUUCUGUGAAAAGUGAAAGGAGAAAUCUUUUGGAAGAUGAUUCAGACGAAGAAGAAGACUUUUUUCUAAGGGGACCAUCUGGACCAAGAUUUGGACCUAGAAAUGAUAAAAUUAAGCAUGUUCAGAAUCAGGUGGAUGAAGUUAUUGAUGUCAUGCAAGAAAAUAUUACAAAGGUAAUUGAAAGAGGGGAGAGACUAGAUGAACUACAGGACAAAUCAGAAAGCUUAUCGGAUAAUGCAACUGCUUUUAGCAACAGAUCCAAACAACUUCGAAGGCAAAUGUGGUGGCGUGGAUGCAAAAUAAAAGCCAUCAUGGCUUUGGUUGCUGUUAUCCUUUUGCUAGUGAUUAUCAUUCUUACAGUCUUGAAAUAUCGUGCUUGAUUUGGUGACAGAGAUCUUCAUUACACAAAAUUUGGGACAACAAUAAUAAAAGAUUGCUGCAUAAUUUAAAUGAAACUUAUGUAUAUAACUUUCAAAACUUCUUUUUCAAGAAACUAAGAGGCAAGUAUCACUUCAAAUUGGAGCAUUGAGAAUGUCCAGUUAUCUUCUUCCCUUCUAACAAAAUGUGUUUUUAAAAAUUAUGUUUAAGGCAAAGAUAACCAGCCUCUAUUUUGCCAUAUUCCAAGGAUCUAAUUUGAAACUAGAUACUUGCCAGUUCAUUGUUUGUACAUGUAAUUAAACAGUGAUCACAAUAUUUCAUACUGUUAAUAUAAGGACUUGUAUUAUUGCAUCGACACGGGGGUCAAACUGGAGUCCAGAAGCCUAUGUAGAGUACCAAAACAUUAUGCUAAAAACAUGCAUAGCCAUUCCAUCAAUAUUUGCAAGAUUCUUCUAACAUUACAAUUGCUUUGCAAGCAAUUUCCACAUGUUUAUGGGUGUAACAAAAGCUAAAUGUAAAUUUUGCUGCCUUCAGCUAUAACAAACAUUCCAGUAAACCUAUUUUUGACUGUAAAAGGGAAUGUGUAGUAAUUUUUUGGCAUAUGGAUUAUUUAAAUGGAAAAUUUAAACAAUACAAAAGGCGUAGUAUGGCACCAUAAAACGAGAUAAUAAAAUUAUUGGAGAACAUCAUUGGAGUGUUGGAAAUGAACAGCAUGGUCCAGUCUGUUUCCAGUUAGCCUCCAAUAAGGAGGGGCCAGACCUAAUGUGAGUAAAUGAAAUCCACAGGUAACUUAUUCUCUGAUCUUAUUUUCAUUGAUAGCUUCCCUCUUUAACUUCAACUAGUCCCUCUACCAGAAGUGCUCAAAGUAGCAAAAUCAUCUGCUUAGCAUUUGCUACUUUUGCAUUCCCUGAUUAUCCCCCGAGAGAUGCAUGUUGUACAAUCAAGUGUCAAAUUAGCCAACAAUGAUGAGUAUAGAAAGUCGAGAUAGUCAUGCAUCAUUCAGUAACCAAAUAGCUAGAGUCACCAUUAAUCUAAGUCUGUUUUUACAGUAAUAAAAUGUAUUGUUAACGUUAAAAUGUGCCAACCUCCUUGUGUUGUCUAAACAAGACAAAGUGAAAAGACAAAGUCCUCAAAUGUGUUCGAGGGAGGAAGCUUUAUAAUAAAAUUGGAGGUUCUGCAGAAACUUGUGCACAUGGAUAUGUUGACUGUAUAUACAUAUAAAACUAAAUUUGAAAUACGGUUAAUAGAAGAACCAGUAUUUAGUUAGGAAAGAAAAAUGAUCCUGUAUAGGUUUUAUUUCUUUGGUCAUUUUAAUUCAGAAUGUCUGAAACAUAGAAUCUGUUUUUUGUUUUUUUUUUAAUUCUACAGGAUUGGUAUUA